AUGGUAAGUAUAUCACGAUUAGCCGGCUACAACAAGCAGGAUGUCAAAAAUAUCAUCUUGUUGUUGCAAGAGUUUAUGGUUACAUACAAGCAAAACAAGGUCACAUUGAAUUACCAGUCCCGUCCCGUGGUUUUAUUCUUUAGUACAUUAAUUGCCACUGCUGGGUUUGGGCUAUACUUUUCCAUCAGAAGUGUUGUCAACAAGUACAAUGAGUACGUAUUGGCCAAGAAGUUACGUCGUCCCAGUCUCAUUCGUCAGUCGUCCAACAUGCUAAAGAAUGGGACAAGGGAGGUUUUCAUUCCUAGUGGCAAGGAUUCCAUUAAAAGAAUCAUUAUACCCAAGCCAAACAACGAUUUAUAUGCUGCUGAUAAGUAUCUAUAUAAAGACUUUGCUAUCAACCAGCGUCUUUUGCUGCAAAAGAAGGGAGUCCUUUUCAGCUCAAAAUUUCUCAACCAAUUAGCCAUCAUAUGGAGGAUCUUGAUUCCUAAAUUCUACAGCAAAAACACCUCGUUGUUGUUAUCACAGUGUUUUUUUCUAAUAUUCCGAACAUGGUUGUCCUUGCUAGUGGCCAAAUUGGAUGGUCAAAUUGUCAAGAAUUUGAUUGCCGCCAAUGGUAAAAAGUUUUCGCGUGACUUGAUUUACUGGUUGUUGAUUGCUUUUCCUGCUUCCUAUACGAAUGCAGCUAUUAAAUACUUGGAUCAAAGGUUGGCCCUUGGAUUUAGAACUAAUUUGACUAGAUAUAUCCAUGACAUGUACCUUGACAAGACAAUGGCUUACUACAAGAUAGAUUUGGGCAAUUCAGCUCUUCAAAAUAUCGAUCAAUACAUCACCGAUGAUGUGACAAAGUUUUGUUCGUCAUUAUCGUCAUUGUUUUCACUGAUGGGUAAGCCAUUUAUCGACAUGAUUUUCUUUGCCGUUUAUUUGAGGGACAAUUUAGGUAGUGGUGCCAUUAUUGGUAUAUUUGCAAACUACUUCCUUACUGCAGUGAUGUUGAAAAGAGCUACACCGUCAUUUGGUAAGUUGUCGGCACAAGGAGCUCACCUUGAAGGAAUCUAUUUCAACCAGCAUUUGAACUUUAUGACCAAUUGUGAAGAAAUUGGGUUCUACAAGGGAUCUCUUGUUGAAAAGGCAAAGCUAACUGAAAACUUUAAAAAGUUGAUGAACCAUGUAAAGAAGGAGAUUAAUACCAGUUUCUGGUAUGCCACAUUGGAAGACUAUGUUUUAAAAUAUACUUGGUCGGCAUGGGGCUAUAUUUUUGCCGGAUUGCCAGUAUUUUUAGAUGAAUUGUGGCCCGCUGAAGGCAAAAAGAAGGAUGUAUCCCCCGAUGCACAGGCAAAUGCUGCGAGUGAGCGUAAAAACAUGAGACAAUUUAUCACCAACAAGAGAUUGUUGUUGUCUCUUGCCGAUGCGGGAUCGAGAUUGAUGUACUCGAUCAAGGACGUCAAUACAUUGACUGGGUAUACCGAUAGAGUCUUUGAGUUGUUGACACAGUUGCAUCGUGUGCAUUCGCCUCGAUUCGACUAUGGUGAUAAACAUGGAAUUGCCGAUAUUCACGGUACAAUUCAAAACAAUUACCCUAAUGGAUUAAGGUUUGAACACAUUCCCGUGAUUAUACCAACACCACAAGGAUCGGAAUAUACCCCCUUGGUUAAGGAUUUAAAUUUCCACAUCAAGCUGAGAAACAUGUUGAUUUUGGGUUCGAAUGGGUCAGGAAAGACUUCAAUUGCUAGAAUCAUUGCUGGUUUGUGGCCAUUGUACAGUGGCCUUUUAUCUAAGCCAAACGACGACGAUAUAUUCUACUUGCCACAAAAGACUUAUUUCACCACAGGAAAUUUGAGAGAUCAGAUUAUAUACCCUCAUUCGUAUGUUGAGAUGUUGGAGAUGGGUUACAAUGAUGAUUAUUUGUACCAUAUUCUUCAUGAAGUCAAAUUGGAGUAUCUUUUGAAAAGAGAAGGAAGUUUCAAUGUGGUUAAAGAUUGGAAGGAUGUGUUUAGUGGAGGUGAAAAGCAAAGAAUUAGUAUUGCUCGUGUUUUAUUCAAGAAUCCUAAAUGUGUUGUUCUUGAUGAAAGUACCAAUGCCGUUAGUACUGAUGUUGAAGAUUAUCUUUUUGAACUUUUAAAACUGAAGAAAAUCCCAUUCAUUACUUUAUCUCAUAGACCUUUGUUGAUGAAGUACCACGAUUACAUUUUAGAAAUUGAAGAAGAAGGUACUUGGAAAUUACAUGAUUUGACUAGUGAAGAAAAUUUGCAGACCAUUGAUAAUGAAAUUGCUGAAAUUGAAGAAAAGAUUAGUCAAGUAUCUAAAUGGGAAAAGAGAAAAGAUGAGAUUAAUGAUUACUUGGAUGGGAAAUUUGAUAACAUUGGAAUGGAAAGUUCAAUUGAUUUUUCGGAGAAAUCCAUCAAGGUGGGAUCUGCUUAA